GUCAUGACAUCGCCCAGUGCGAUCGGGGAUUUCUAUUGGAGAAGCAGUUUUUGCCUAUCUUCAUACUGUAUUGUCUUUGAUGUAGCGGUAUCCUGUGGUCCACUGUCCUAAACCAGGAAAAACAGUCGCGUUAGUCAUUGCGAGAUGGCUCAGCAAUUGUUAUUAAAAGUCAUUUGCAAUCAUCAGGGAACAUUGGACUAUGCAGGUCUGGCAGAUAUUGGGUGUGGGGCAGAUAUGAUCUGCGCUCUUGAUAAACUUGUUGAAAACGAUUUAUGUUCUAUAGCAGUGUGCAAUGGAAAUGUACGCAUUAUUGCGAAAACGAAAGUUAGACGCUGCAAGGCUCAGCAAUGUGAUGGCUGCAAUGAUUUACACCUAUGUAAAUUGUAUCUAUUUGGGGACUGUAAGAAUAGUAGGGGAAGGCGGACAUGCCACUUUGGCCAUGACCUGCACUCUGAACACAACUCCAUAGUUUUGAGAGAGCAUAAACUUGAGACGCUGAGUAGACAGGAACUCCGGCAGCUAUUAUUACAGAAUGACAACUCCCUCCUUCCACCGGUGUGCAACUCCUAUAACAAAGGCGCCGGGCCUUAUGGCAACUGCCCGGAUCAGGAGGGGUGCAGGAGACUUCAUGUGUGUGACAGGUACAUCAGAGGAACCUGCUCCUCGGGAGCCGACUGCAACAGGUGUCAUGACUUCUUUGAGCCCCACCCACAAAGGACUCUGCAGCAGAGGGGAGUGCCAAACGAUCUAAUGACGUCCAUGUUGUCAACCUACCGAAACAUUCAGGCCAUGAAAAGUGAAGGUGCCAGCAGUGCUGCUUCUAUCAACAGGCCCCAGAGCUGUCCUCAGAGAAAUACAGUGAGGAAUGAGAUCUGCCUGUUCUUUGUCAAGGAGGACUGCAAACAAGGAGAGAGAUGCUCAAGAGUCCACUUCAAAAUGCCCUACAAGUGGGAAGUGAACAAUGGACAGACUUGGUCAGCUCUGCCAGAAAAUGAAGCAAUCGAGAGAGACUUCUGUGACCCUUCUAAGAUACACAGUGAGGGAUCUGGGCGUGUGCAUUUCGACUCCAUGAGCCGCGGAUUAUGGGAAGUUCGCCGCCUCUCCACAGUUUCCUCUGUGACCAAGCCCACAUACGUACUCACCACAGAGUGGGUGUGGUUCUGGGUGGACGAGUACGGCAAAUGGAUCCAGUACGCAUCCAUCAAAGAGAUGCACAGAUUGUCGUCCAUCACCAGUGAAGACCUUGAGAAAAAGUACCAGGAGGAUCAAAGUGCUGUGGUGAAGUUCACUGCAGGCCAGCAGUCGUAUGAGCUGAGUUUCAGAGACAUGACGCAAUAUAACGAAAGAUAUGGUACUGCAAGGAUGGUCAGACGACGUCCUGUCUUUGUUUCAACUGUGGACGCACAAGCUGCAAGAAGCAGGAGAAAUGGACCACGCAACCCCUCUCAGAAUUUCAGAGCUGUUCCUGGAUCUUGGGACAAGUCUGCCAUACCUGAUAUUGGAUACAAGACAGUCACUCUUCUGAGUUCUGACAGGGACUAUCAGAAUGUCCAGGAACUUUUCAACAAGACCAUGAGGGGCUUCAAAAUCACCAGCAUCGAGAGGGUCCAAAACAGGGACCUCUGGGAAGUCUUCCAGUGGAAAAGAGAUUUGAUGAAGAAAAACAAUGGGGGUAAAAAUAGCAAGGAGCUACAUCUCUUCCACGGAACGGACCCAAAACACGUAGACGCCAUUUGCAGAGAUAACUUCGACUGGAGGCUGUGUGGAACCAAUGGAACUGUGUAUGGCGAAGGGAGUUACUUUGCCAGGGAUGCCAAGUACUCACACAGCUACACCAGCGACUCAGGAGUGAGGUCCAUGUUUGCUUGUCAGGUGCUUGUUGGCGACUACACAAGGGGUAAUUCGGCGCUCCGUCGUCCCCCUCCAAAAGGCGAGGGAAGCCCGACUCUCUAUGACAGCUGUGUGGACAAUGUCCUGAACCCAUCCAUAUAUGUGGUGUUUGAAAAGCACCAGGUGUACCCCGAGUUCCUCAUCAGAUACGAUGAUGGCGUCAUGCACUGGACCUCUUCGGCUCCAGCUCCACCCAAGACUGUCUCUAUCCAAUCCACUUCCUUAACCCCAAAAUCCAACCGGAUUCAAGCCAUAGCUGCUGCUACCACAUCGAAGAGAGUUCCAUCCACUUUGAGUCCAUCUAAAACUGCAGCCACAACUUCCUCUAAUCCAACCCGUUCUCUUCCCGCUUCGCGGUUUCUCCCUAAACCUGACCAAACCCCAUUAACAUUCAGUCAAUCUCCAGUCCUCAUAAAGCCAGCCCUAAGUUCUCAAUUGGUGGAUACCACCCUAGGCCCAGAUUUCACUCCCUCAUUUGCAAACUUCUCUCACACACUCACUACCCCAGCCAGUCCCCCUCUCACACACUCACUACCCCAGCCAGUACACCCUCUCGUAUGCUCACUACCCCAGCCAGUACCCCCUCUCACACACUCACUACCCCAGCCAGUACCCCCUCUCGUACGCUCACUACCCCAGCCAGUACCCCCUCUUGUACGCUCACUACCCCAGCCAGUACCCCCUCUCACGCACUCACUACCCCAGCCAGCACCCCCUCUCGUGCUCUCACUACCCCAGCCAGUACCCCCUCUCAUACGCUCACUACCCCAGCCAGUACCCACUCUCACACACUCCCUACCCCAGCCAGUACCCACUCUCAUACGCUCACUACCCCAGCCAGUACCCCCUCUCAUAUGCUCACUACCCCAGCCAGUACCCCCUCUCAUACGCUCACUACCCCAGCCAGUACCCACUCUCACACACUCCCUACCCCAGCCAGUACACCCUCUCAUACGCUCACUACCCCAGCCAGUACCCCCUCUCACACACUCACUACCCCAGCCAGUACCCCCUCUCACACACUCACUACCCCAGCCAGUACACCCUCUCGCACGCUCACUACCCCAGCCAGUACCCCCUCUCGUACGCGCACUACCCCAGCCAAUACUCCCUCUCACACACUCACUACCCCAGCCAGUACCCCCUCUCACACGCUCACUACCCCAGCCAGUACCCCCUCUCACACACUCACUACCCCAGCCAGUACCCCCUCUCACACACUCACUACCCCAGCCAGUACACCCUCUCGCACGCUCACUACCCCAGCCAGUACCCCCUCUCGUAUGCGCACUACCCCAGCCAAUACUCCCUCUCACACACUCACUUCCCCAGCCAGUACACCCUCUCGUACGCUCACUACCCCAGCCAGCACCCUGUCUCCUGCACUUUCCCCUUUAACUGGCACUCUAUCUCUGGCUCACACCAGCUUAACGACCACUACUCACACACUCCCUGCCAGCAGUACCUCUUACCCAUUAUCCCCUUCAUCCUCAUUGAGCACACCUUAUCACACACUUUCUCACUCAUCAUACUCCCCCACUUACACACAAACUCUCUCACACACUUCCCCCUCCACGUCAAGCAAUUCUCCAAGCACACUCUCCCCGUCAGCAAGCAACCUAUCUCGGGUGUUCUCUCCCUCGACAGGUGCCUUCUGUCGUCCACUAUCUACCACAACAAGCACCACUAGAUCUCGUCCUGAGUCACUGUACAGUGUUCCAACAGCUCAAAGGAGGGACACCAAAGAAAAAAACAAGUGCCUUCUGCAAUAAUUUGCCUUUGUCAGGAUGGAGCAGUAAGUAAAACGUUUUGAUGGCAAACGUCUAAAAAAUAAAAUAAAAUAAGAAAGAAAAUGUAUUAAAAUGAUGAAUGAUAAUUUAAUUUGCAUAUCAAAGAUGUAGUAUAGCUGUGUAUCUUUACCUGUAAGGGCUAAAUAACAGUAAAGCUGUUAACAACAAACCAGACGUUUGUAAUUUUGCACAAAUAUGAAUUUGAUGAGCAUGUUUCCUUUACUCAGGUCUGCUGACACAGUCGAUACAUUUUGUAAAUGAAACCAGUUUGAUGUCUGUUUUAAACUGAAUAAACUCAGAAAAUCAUU